UCACUGUCUGAGCUAAAGGUUCAUUUACUCAGUAGCUCAUCGCAGUUGGCUUCGAGGCGUGACAGUAGCUCCAAGGCAUCAGAACAGAAACAAUCGAGCAACAACAAUGAGGGAAAUUCUGCAUCUUCAAGCCGGACAAUGUGGAAAUCAAGUAGGCGCCAAGUUUUGGGAAGUGAUUUCCGAAGAACAUGGCAUUGACCCUAGCGGAAUCUACAUUGGCGAAAGCGAUUUGCAAUUGGAGAGGAUUAACGUUUAUUACAAUGAAGCCACAGUUGCUACCAGAAGUAAUGGGGGCAAAUACGUUCCUCGAGCAAUUUUACUGGAUUUGGAACCAGGAACCAUGGAUGCUGUCCGUUCUGGAAUCUAUGGAAAGCUGUUUAGACCAGACAAUUUCGUUUUCGGACAGUCAGGUGCAGGAAAUAACUGGGCUAAAGGUCACUACACAGAAGGAGCAGAACUGGUCGAUGCAGUUCUGGACGUUGUCAGAAAAGAAGCUGAGAACUGCGAUUGUCUUCAAGGAUUCCAGCUAACUCACUCGCUUGGGGGCGGUACAGGAUCCGGCAUGGGCACUCUAUUGAUCUCAAAGAUAAGGGAAGAAUAUCCCGACAGGAUAAUGAACACCUAUUCAGUAAUGCCAAGUCCCAAAGUGUCAGACACCGUUGUAGAACCCUACAAUGCCACCCUUUCAGUCCAUCAGUUGGUCGAAAACACCGACGAAACGUUCUGCAUCGACAACGAAGCCCUCUACGAUAUCUGCUUCAGGACACUGAAAGUUCCCAACCCAAGUUACGGAGAUCUAAACCAUUUAGUUUCGCUCACAAUGUCGGGAGUCACAACGUGCCUUAGAUUCCCCGGCCAACUUAAUGCCGAUCUUAGGAAGUUGGCAGUAAACAUGGUGCCUUUCCCCCGGCUACACUUCUUCAUGCCAGGUUUCGCUCCUCUAACGUCCAGAGGAAGUCAACAAUACAGAACUCUUUCAGUUCCCGAACUUACUCAACAAAUGUUCGACGCUAAAAACAUGAUGGCUGCAUGCGAUCCAAGGCACGGUCGAUACUUGACAGUUGCUGCUGUCUUUAGAGGAAGAAUGUCGAUGAAGGAAGUCGACGAGCAGAUGCUUGCCGUUCAGAACAAGAACAGUAGUUAUUUCGUCGAAUGGAUACCGAAUAAUGUUAAAACAGCCGUUUGUGAUAUUCCACCUACGGGACUCAAGAUGUCAUCUACAUUCAUCGGUAAUACGACCGCUAUACAAGAACUGUUCAAGAGGAUUUCCGAACAAUUCGCCGCCAUGUUCAGACGCAAAGCUUUCUUGCAUUGGUACACGGGUGAAGGCAUGGACGAAAUGGAAUUCACAGAAGCUGAAUCAAACAUGAACGACCUUGUAUCAGAAUACCAGCAAUACCAAGAAGCAACCGCUGAAGAAGAUUACGAAGCGGAGGAAGAAGCUGCUGCUGACGAUUUUAACUGCUAGGUUUUCUUAAAAUAUUAUUAGAAAUAAUUUUAGUAAUUUAUGAAGAUAAUUUAUUUUAAAUUUGCACUUUACUCUUCACGUUUUAUAGGAUUAACUUGAAAUUUUCUCAAAAUGAUUGCCGAGACUGAUUUUGUACUUUUUCACACUUUCAGGAAAUAAAUUUUAACUAUA